UAAUAUUUAACAGGAAAGUUUUGGGAAAGCAUGAGGAAGGAGCAGCAUCGUUGACAUGUAUCCACGGGUUGUGACACCAGACUGAGGUCCAUGCAGCAUUGAACAAUGGAUUGACUCGACAGACUGAUUAAACAUGGACUUCUUUUGUCUGUUACUGCUCCUCCUCUCAUGCAGCAUUCAAGUUGGAGCUGCGAUGAAGCUGUCUCCAGAAGCGCUGACCGUCCUGCGGGGGGGGGACGCGCGGUUCACCUGCACUCCCUCCAAGACCAAGUGGACCGUCAUGGUGUGGUUGCUGGACGGCACGGCGGUGCUCACCAUCUCCAAGGAGUUUGGCGUCCUGCCGUCCGUCCACCCUAACGUGACGGCAGAGAAAGGCAGCGUCUCAUCAGGAGACAGCUGGGUGUUUGUGCUGAAGAACACUGAGAGGCGCAACCAGGGACAACUGACCUGUGACCUCCAGGGCAGCGACAGGAGAACCGCCAGCCUGUUUGUACAAGAAAAGGGCAGCGUGAAAGUGAUCGGGGACUCUACGCUGGUUUUCAAGGGUCAGUCAGUUCUGUUUGGAUGCCACGCUGCGGGAUGGUACCCUCUACCCACUCUGCAAUGGCAUGUGAAUAACAAAACAGUGAGCCGGGGUGAUUACAACAUCAGCAGUGAAGAGUCGGGGGAGAGCCUCUUCACUGUGAGCAGUAACCUCAGUGUUACAGCAGCAAAGAGCUCUUAUGUGGAUUGUCUGGCCUCUGUGUCUGCACUCCAAACCCCACUGAGGAGCAGCUUCCGCCUGACAGUGGUGGCAGAGGUGGUGCAGCUUGAGGACGGCUGCACGGUGCCUCUGGCAGCGAUGGCCUCCCUCUCUGCGAUUCUGCUGCUCCUCCUGCUCUGCAUCUGCACUGUCCUCUGCUAUAGACACAGGAGACAAGCAAAGCAGAGCCCACAGGAGGCGGCAAUAAGGUUUGGCCAAUCAGUGAGCGGGAGAAGCUUGGUUGCUGAGGCGACAGGGGGGAAGGUCAACCUGGGAUACUCGAGUGAGGGCCCCACAGACCCAGCUUACAGCGAGCUAAACCUGGAAACUCGUAGGCAGCAGCAGGACUUUGUCAGCGUUCUCAAGGUCCCCGAUGCGGUGUCCUCCAGCAGCCGCUCUCUGCACGACGACAGCCAGGCACAGGUGUGUCUCUCAGAGGAAACCGCCAAGAACGUCAGGAGAAUAACCACAGUUUAAUAUGUUUACUAUUAUAUUACAUGAUAUAAAAAUAAUGUAUACUUUUGUUCUUAAGUGGACCACUAACAAGUAUUUGUUCGGUGUAAUGUUUUAUGUUUUUUUUAUAAAGCUAAAGGCUAAUGUUAUGUGCCUUUAAAUGUGUACAGCACAAUUAUUUUUGAAGUUACAUUUGAACAAACUACUAACGAUAAGCUGAUGCACAGUUCAACUGACAAAAGAAAAGGUUGCUUGGUCUCCUAACCUAAAUAUUAUAAAUAUAUAUAUUUGUGUUUGUCUGCUUUAAAAUGUAAUGGAUUGUCCCUCACUAUGCAAAUGCACCUCUGUUAUUAUAUAUCCCUGUGUUAAUGUAUAUAGUGUAUUGUAUAAAAUGUUAAAACAUGCAUAUCAACCAUAAAAAAAGGGGAUAAUGACAACAGAGAGGUUUUUUUUUCAUACUGCAGAUCCUUUGUAACUGGUAAAAUAUAACAAUUAUCUACUGAAUAAAGAAUUUCAAAACAUU